AUGAGCGAAUCUCGAUCCUUUCCAAACGGAAAGAGGCGACACUCCAUGUAUGGACGACACCAGAGGCCGAAGUCAGCGUAUGGACAACGCAGUACGAAUACAGGCGACAGCGCGCCCCCACAAGAGGGUCCGUGCUCUCCCACCAGCAAUGCAAACGAUCACAGUAACGGAAAAGUACCCUCCAUGAGGGAUGAUCGCGGUAUUAGUUUCUUACAAGACAUGGCUGGUCCUUCAAAAACUGGGCAUCCGGUUGUCACCAUGCCAAACUGUACGGUAGUGGAGUCUGCGCAGCUGCCUGUUGUCAACAAAUUGCAUUCCAGAAAACGUUCUCGUAGAGAAGGUAACGUGGAGCCACUACAGCAAGCGCGAUCACAGCAGCAAGCUACGGGAAGUCGCCGUCUUGUGUCCAACUUUCCGCAACCCGGCAUGGCGGCCGUCGGCAAUUCUAGAGAUGGAAUCGAAUGGGCUGAUAGACAAUCGGGUCUCGUCUCGGAGGAGAAGGUGCGAAGGACCGCCCAGUCAAAUCAACCCAUCCCUCGUAAGAAGAAAACCCACAGUGACUACACAAAGAAAUCGAUUCAAGAGCAACAUCGACCUCAUAGGGGCUCGCGUUUGGAUGUGAGGUUCAUCGUCCCCAAACUGAAACCCCGCCACAACUGCCCCAAAGCUCGCGUCGAAAGCAUAUGCGAUGGUGACUCAGACAAUACUGCUGAUGAAGGAAUUUCCGCUGUACAAACCUGCGAGACUCUCCCGAAAAGUAUCGACGUUCAUACUAGCGCCAAAAGACAACCCUCCCGAACUAAAACGCAGCUCACUAGCAGUUGUCCAUCCGCCGACUCAGUCACAUCCAGCGGUUUAGAAGCUAAUGCUGUGGAGUUGCCUCUCCUCAGUUGUAAGGGAACGCCUGUUCCCGGGAAGAGGUCGUCAAGCAAGCUUUGGACUUCCUUGGAAAGACCGUCACAGUCAUCCAAGACAGACGACGCCGGUACCAAGGAAAGCCCAGUCGACCUUGCGACGGCCGCGAUCAAACAGCAACAUAGUGAAGCGGAGAAGAAUGAAAACGAACACAAGCCAUCGAAAAAACUUUUAUGGAGGGAAAUGUCCGACGACGAUGACGACUACACAACAAGCCGCAAUCGACAAGCCCGUCAUUCUUUAGCUGUCGUAAACACCAUUCUCCAAAGCGGCCUCGAAAGUGAUGUUGUACCUACGAAACCUACCAAUCAUUCUGCCGUGAAUUUCGAUGCUGGUAGUGACCAAGAUCAGCCAUCAUCUUCUUUUCUUUCCAGAAUAGUUGACAGAGGACGCAAAGGUAUAGCGCGCACAAAACUUGGCUUUUUGAAUACUCUGCAGUCCCAGAAGAAAGAGAAGAAACUUAGCUUAUCGAAGCAAUUGAAUCCAGAUGCACAAAGCAAGACUUUGCAGCACAGAGGCGUAUCUUCUGACUGCAAAAGAAAACCAAUCAAAGGAAAAAAGAUUACGAUAGGCAAUUCUUUUUCUCAUAAAGGGCAAGAAAGCAGCUUACUCGACCAGACUCCGGAGCGAGACCGGAAAGAUCCAUUCUUCGAGUGCAAAGGAGUCGGCCUCACGAGCUUUUCCGAGCAUACUACACCCUUUAAAACAAAACUUAAUUUUUGUAAAAGCCAGCCUCGCAGCAGCGAAAGACUUCUGCUAAAGAAGAAAACGAAAGAACCAGAGGUUGUGGAAAUUUUGGAUGACUCUGAAAGUGAAAUGACAAAGUCUCCGCCUAUGGCCACUCGCAGCGUCAAGCGUACGCUUAAUUGUGCUGUCAUUCGCAUUGCGAUCGGAACAAAAGUUUUCUGUUCCGGUUGUCAGAUUCGCCUCAGAGCUACUUGCAAGCUAAUGCUCGAAUUCGAGCCACACAAGAAAACCACGCGCAAAGGGACCGAAUCCCUAAACAAAGCUACUCUGGAAUUGGAUCUGCAGCAUGAUUUGACGGAAUGCAAAUACUACCUCAAUGAAGAAUUUUCAGCGGAAACCAACGAGGGCGAGGAAGACGCCGUUGGUAGUUUUUUGGCAAUCAAAGUUGUGCCAAAUAACCAAAAUGGCCUAAAAAUUUACUCCAACAGCUAUCAACCAGACAAAGAAAACACCAAAAGGAUGUUUAUCCUCAUAGAAUUUCGGGAGAACAAGGACCUCCGGGACUUAGUGGAAACCAUCCAAACAAGCCGACCUCCUGCUAUGGAUCUUUUCUUCAAUGAUCACUCCAAGCUCGACUCUGCUUCUGCCGAAAUAUAUUGCCAGCCGCUAAUUGACGAUUGCAAGCGAGAGGCAAGGCAUCGUCAAAAAAGUAUGCAUUCGUUGUCUGUUCAUAGGAAGAAUAGUUUUCUUGCUGGGCGGAAGGAGGAUGACCUUUUGCUCAUCUAUCCCUUUGAUGCCGACGAAAAGAUCUUCGACCAGGCCGCUGUGCAUCUGACAGAGGCAAAGUAUGAUAGCCGUUGUGAUUCCAAUCUGCAAGUCUGCGCACUUUCUGAGUCAUCAAUACCCUCACCUGAGCAAAAGUCAGCUGAUUGCGACGGUGGAAAUGCCGACAUGAACAACAUGAACAACCGAUCUCAUUUGGCAAUCAUUCGCGUAACCGACUACGAAAGGCUAGUGAUUGAGGACGAAUACCUUAACGAUACCCUAAUUGAUUUUUGGAUGCUAUGGAUUUCGCGGUUUGACGACUUGUCAAAGUUUCAUGUCUUUUCUUCACACUUUUAUACGAGUCUUUUCGAAGAUGGAUCAAUUGCCGUCACAAAAUGGACUGAGCGGAAAGGAAUUGACGUUUUCGACAAGAAAUUUAUUUUUGUUCCAAUCAACAAAAGUCUGCAUUGGUCGCUAUGCGUUGUAGUCAAUCCGGGACAGAUUCUCCAGCACCCUGAUCUUCGUGGGAAAGACGAGCAUCUGGAUGAGUCGAGUCCAAUGCCUUGUAUCCUCUUUCUCGACUCUCUCAAAGCUCACCAAAAGACACAGGUCGCCCAUCGUAUUCGUCAAUGGCUCAACUCGGAAUGGCAACGGCUGCACAAGUCAUCGUCGAUCCCCAACCCGUUUCAAUCUAAGACGAUGCCCGUUAUUGAUCCUAAAAUUCCUUAUCAAAACAAUUCCUGGGAUUGCGGAGUGUUUGUUUGCCGGUACGCAUUUGCUCUUUACAAACUCCGUAAUAUUUCAUUUUCUUUCCAGGAGUACCGACAGGACUGCUUUCGCUCGCUGAUCACGAACAGCGAACCGUUUCAGUUUGACAUGAAGGACAUUACUCGCCUUCGCCAGGAAAUGAAAACUUUAGUCGAAAAUUUGUGUACUGCCUACGUCCCGUGGAAAUCCGAGCAAGACCGGAAAGCAAAAGAAGACAGGCGGAAAGCCAAAGCAGUAGCAGAAGAGACAGUUCAAGUGGACAACAAUGUUCCUGAAGACCCGGAUAGCUCUGAAGGAAACGAGGUGGUUGUAAACAAUGAGGACAAGGUUGAUACAGCCAAUGCAAGGUGGAGCGCUGUCGUUAAGGGCAUUGAAGCAAAUGAAAACAACAUAAUCCAAGAUUCAUUAUUGAUUGUCGAUGACCUUAAUGAUGACGACAAUAGUAGGAUGCAUGAAACGUCACAGUCCGGAAGUAAGGAAAUGGUCUUUGGUCCAGAUUGGACGGAAACAUAUGACCCUAUGGAGGUGGAUGAAGAUGAGGCACAUUCCUACGCGACUCAGGAAGGCCUUACGGUGGAAAGAGUCAGUCCAGCUGAAGGCAGCAUAGUGAAGGAUGUCGAAAUGAAGGAUGAUUUGCAUACAUACAAAGCUCAAGACCUUGUAGAUCCGUUGGAUACAGAGGCAGUGGAUGACGACGUCGACAUCGACUUUGUCUAA